GGCAAGCUUCCCAUGUUUGUGUGUAUAUGUCUACGUGUGUUUGUUUGCUCAAGAGUCUCCUGCACUGUGAACUGUGAGGAAAAAGCCAUUGCGUGUGUGUGUGCGUAAGAGGUAACAGUUAUGUCCGUCUGUCGCGUAAUACUUUUUUGUGGCUAGAUUUUUUUCGCAGAUCCUAAGAUCAUCUAUUAAAUUUAACUCUGACAUCAUCCACCACACAAUCCCUUGGCUGCAGUCUUAAGACAAUGACAUAGUAAUCAGCAAGAUAGCCGUCUGAGGGGGAACGUUUGAUCAGUGUGCUCAAGACUAGAAAAACCGCUUUCUGGAAUUAGACGCAAUGCAACUUUGCUUCAGCAAACCUUUUUUUUUUUUUGGUGCCUCACAGCUUGUGUGUGCUUGUGUGUAAAGUUGGGGUUUCAGAGUGAGCUGAUAUGCCUCUCCAGUGUGGCCUUGAAGGGAUGCUGAAAGCACUGUGAAGGGAUUUACCAUGGACUGGGUUCUCAGGGGUUUAUUGGAGCUUGUUAAGGUGGCUAAACAAUCAGGUCCAUUGCUGCUACCUCUCCAUUCUCCUGCUCUGCCAGUCCAUCUUUCCUUCUCCAUCGUCUGAGUCCCCUCAUGGGCGCCAUAUCAGCCAGUGCUAGAAAACUUUCCUCAGAGCCAAUCACAGCAUCUCACCCUUGACCAUGGAGAUGAAACAGGCAGUGAUGAUUAACCGAGAGGACCAAGAUGAGAAGGACAAAUCUGAAGAGAAUGACAGGCUGGUGGAUGGCAGCAUUGCUGAGAAAGGGCAGAAACUAGUCUCAGGGCCCACACAGGUGUCAAACGGGUACCCCAGCACGUCGGCUCAGAGCCCGAGGGAAGGCACCGGGGCUGUAGGGGACAGGACAAGUGCUUCUGGGGGAUUCAGGACGCUUGUGGUCCAGCAGACCAGUCUGGAUCCACCCAGGGAGACAUGGAGCAAGAAGGUGGAUUUCCUCCUGUCGGUCAUCGGCUACGCAGUGGACCUGGGCAACGUGUGGCGCUUCCCAUACAUCUGCUACCAGAACGGAGGCGGUGCGUUCCUGUUGCCCUACCUGCUGAUGGCAGUGUUUGGCGGGGUUCCCCUGUUCUACAUGGAGCUGGCACUGGGGCAGUUCCACCGCAGUGGCUGUAUAUCCAUCUGGAAACACAUUUGCCCCAUCUUCAAGGGGAUUGGCUUUGCCAUCUGCAUUAUUGCCCUGUACAUUGCCUUCUACUACAACACCAUCAUGGCCUGGGCUCUGUAUUACCUGUUGUCCUCCUUCAACUCUACGCUUCCAUGGUCGACAUGCAAAAACCCCUGGAACACGGCCAACUGCAAGCAGUACCUCUCCACCGACAGCAACAUCUCCUGGACCAAUGAAUCCAUCUCGCCUGCCGAGGAGUUCUAUACACGGAAGGUGUUGCAGGUGCACCUGUCCCCAGGUCUUCAUCAGCUGGGUGCAGUGAGCUGGCAGCUGGCCCUCUGUCUGCUCUUCAUCUUCAGCAUCGUCUACUUCAGCAUCUGGAAGGGGGUUAAGACCUCUGGCAAGGUAGUAUGGGUGACAGCAACUCUUCCAUAUGUGGUUCUGUUGAUCCUUCUGGUGCGAGGUGCCACUCUGCCGGGAGCAUGGAGAGGUGUUGUCUUCUACCUGAAGCCUAACUGGGAGAAGCUCCUGAGCACUACGGUUUGGAUUGAUGCAGCAGCCCAGAUCUUCUUCUCUCUGGGUCCAGGUUUUGGUGUGCUCCUGGCCUUUGCCAGCUACAAUCCCUUUCACAACAACUGUUACAAAGAUGCGUUGGUGACGAGCUCAGUGAACUGUCUGACCAGCUUCAUGUCAGGCUUUGUGAUCUUCACCGUACUGGGCUACAUGGCUGAGAUGCGGAAGGAGGGGGUGGAGACAGUAGCAAAGGAUGCUGGUCCCAGUCUACUUUUCAUCGUCUAUGCUGAGGCCAUCACCAACAUGCCUGCUAGCACUUUCCUUGCCAUUAUCUUCUUCCUCAUGAUCAUCAUGCUGGGAUUAGAUAGCACGUUUGCUGGGCUGGAAGGAGUGAUCACCGCCAUGUUGGAUGAGUUUCCCCACCUGUUGGCCCGCAGGAGAGAGUGGUUUGUGCUAGGUCUGGUGUGUGUCUGCUACCUGGGAGCUCUGUCCACACUUACCUAUGGAGGGGCGUUUGUGGUGAAACUGUUUGAAGAAUAUGCAACAGGCCCUGCCGUCAUCACUGUAGUCUUCCUUGAAGUCAUUGCUGUUUCCUGGUUUUAUGGGACAACACGGUUCUGCAAUGAUGUGCAGCUGAUGCUUGGCUUCUCCCCGGGUCUGUUCUGGAGGGUGUGUUGGGUGGCCAUCUGCCCCUGCUUCCUACUGUUCAUCAUUGGAAGUUUCCUGGCCUUCCCUCCUGUGGUGAGGCUGUUUGACUACCUGUACCCAUUCUGGACCACUGUACUGGGCUACUGCAUUGGUGUCUCCUCUUUCAUUUGCGUGCCUUCCUACAUGGUCUACCACCUGCUCACCACCAAAGGGACCUUCAAACAGCGUCUGAUGAAGGGCAUCACCCCUGAGCCUGCAAACAUUGAAGGCCUGCACAGAGAUGUCAUCAUCACCAACGCUGUGUGAGUGGAGAUCCUUCGCCCUCUGCUGGACAUGUAGCACAAGUGGGGAUUCCACCCCUCCUUCAUAUCCCAGUUCUGCCAAAGGCAUCUCCAUCCAGAACAUGCGAUGGCUGGACUCUUGCAUCCAGCAAUCCAGCUGCUCUAUUUCCCAUCAUUCCUAAAUGUGGCAGCGUUCAAUGUACGUGUGAGAUAGUACCUGCCAUAAAGAUAUAUCUAUUGGGUAUUCGAGACGGGAGUAUAGUAGCACAAAUAUCCUUUUGGUUUUCAUCACCAUUUUGUGAUUUCAUGAUUUGUUACAUUGUUUCAAACAACUGUACUAGAAGUACUAAAGAAAUCACUAAUGGGCAGUAUACGAAGUAUACGCAUAUCUCACUCUAUUAAGCACUUUCAGAUCAAAUAUGACAUCUGAAUGCAUAGAUCUCCCAUCCACUAACAGUUCUGUUUUAUAUGCAUUUGACAUUUCAGGUAGCUUUUACAUUUCUAUAUAUAUAUAUAUAUAUAUAUAUAUAUAUAUAUUUAUGAAGCCAAAUAUAAUUGGAUAUGGCUUUUAUUACUGUUAAAUUUACUUCACAGCUCCUUAUGGUUUGGGGUUUGGACUCCUCAGAUAGAGAAAAAGCAAGGUUUGGUUUGUUGCACAGGUGUGUGUGUAUGAGUGUUUGGGUGUAGGUGCACAAAUAUCUAUUCAUCACACCUCUUUGGAAUUAUCAUUGUGGAGAGUGUCACUGUUCACAGUUGUCAGUUUUAUCAAAACCACAAAAUACACAUAAUGUGGCUAUACAUAAUGUGACAUAAUCCUACGCAUAACAUAAACUUAUUUUGGACCGUUUGCAGAAUUGCAUUAAUGUAAUGCAUCUUCCUCUGCCUCACUCAUGAAACUGGACAUCAACAGCCAACACAGUGACUCUUUAUUUUCCAUGUUAUAUGUGAAUGACAAGGUAGCAGAAACCAAAUACUAGUGUGUUUGUUACAAAUGGUUCAUCCCUAACCUUGAAGACAUGUUUUUCUUGGGGAAAAAAAACUAGCAAUGACUGAAAGUGCAAGUAUGUACCUGUCUGUUUUGUAAGUGUUGCUGUUUGUGUUUUAGUCAUGUGACAACCUGUCAACCUCUUUGAGAGGACAUAUACGGGUGUGUGAUGUUCGUUAGUUUUCAAAGUGUGUGUGAGCUUUAAGUAAAUGUAGAAACGCCAAAAGCCAUGGUUUGAUCUGUUAGUGUGUGUGCGCGCAUGCAUGCAGACAUGAAUGUAUACUAUGUAUUUAGUGUAUGCCUCAAAAUAGUGAUGCCUCUUCCUCCUCCCUGUCUUGGUCUUGUCUUUGCAACGUACUCUCUAUCAAAGUAAAAUCUCCUGAACUUUAUCGAUAUAUGUAACAUGUUAUAUGACUGUUAUAUGAAUACAUAUACGAUAAAUAUAUAUAUGAAUUAUUAGAGAAAUAAAAGUAUAUGUAUUAAUAA